UAUGGCGCACGCAUCGUGGUUCCUGCUGCUCUACGCCGCACAGUCUUGGCCCGCCUGCACGAUAGCCACCGCGGUGCGGAAGCCACCAAGCGACGUGCACAACAAACAGUGUUCUGGCCUGGCAUCAACGCUGACAUCACCAACACUGUCCGAGCAUGUGAGCCUUGCCAGGUGCUUCAACCCAGCCAGCAGCAAGAACCACUCAUGAACGACGACGACCCAAACAGGCCCUUCGAGUCCGUGUCGGCGGAUUUCUUCUCAGUGGCAGGGAAGUCCUUCCUUGUCAUUGCCGACCGCCUCUCUGGCUGGCCCGUCGUCAUCCCAUGUGGCCACGACACAACGUCUGCCGCAACCAUACGCCAGUUCCGCUGCUACUUCCGCGACGUGGGCGUCCCCGUCCGCCUAAAAACUGAUGGAGGACCCCAGUUCACCAGUCGUGAGUUCGCAGCCUUUCUGGAUCGUUGGGGAGUCCGCCACGUCGUGACUUCUCCCCACUACCCGCAGUCUAACGGUCAUGCAGAGUCAGCUGUAAAGUCCGUGAAACAUCUCAUCAUGAAGGUGGCCCCAACCGGCAACAUAGACUGCGAAGACUUCGACCGGGGUCUACUUGAACUCCGCAACACCCCAACCCACACCGGACGCUCUCCAGCUCAGGUACUCUAUGGGCACCCCCUCCGCUCUUGUGUGCCUGCCCACCCUGAAUCUUUCAAGAAGAAGUGGCAGGCCAGUACGGAGGCCUGCGACCGUCGCGCCGCCAAACGUGCCCAGGACGCCGAGGAUCGCUACAACCAGCAUGCCCGCUCCCUACCCCAGUUGAAAAUAGGAGAUCAGGUCCGUGUCCAGGAUCCUGUGUCACUCCGCUGGGACAAGGUGGGCACCGUCAUGGGAAUCGGAAGAUCACGCGACUACCACGUCAAGCUUCCCAGUGGCCGGGUGUGGUGGAGAAACCGCCGUUUCCUUCGGCCAGUGUACUUCCCCAGCGACAUUCCAGCGACACCAGAUGAGCCCAGCGCCCCACCUCCUCGUCGUCGGUCCGAGAGAAUCCGCCAACGUCAGAUGUCCGCUCAAGACUCCGCUAUGAGCGUGUAGGGGGAAGGGAGGUGUAGGAUAUGUAUGGGGAAUAGUUGUAAUUAUUGCACGC